GUUUGUUUGGUUAUUCAAAUUUGAUUUUGGGUAGAAAAACCCCGGCUCAUGCUCAUAUUUAUAAAAGUCAUAGAAAUGAUAAAAAAAACCUGACCUUCUUUAAUCCCUUUAAAAAAAUAUUAUAAUUAACCAAGUAUGAGUGUAUAGAUUAUUUUAAAAUUUUCUAGUGAUGUGGCAUGCUAGAGAAAAAUGAUAAUUUUUAUAAGUAAAAAUACCUUUACAGUAUUGAACCCUUUUCUAUAGAAUAUAGAAAUGACUCGAAUUUCAUGGAGGGAGUUAUUUCCUUCAAAGUUUAGUUUUAUUAUAUUUGUGGUUUAUAUAUUGUUGUUUGUUAAUCAAGGUAUUCUUGUUACUGCUUCCCAACAGUCUAAUAACAAGUAUGAUUAUAAUAUUGUAACAGUUGUGUUAUGUACGGAGUUUUUAAAAUUGCUACUCUCUUGUAUACUGUAUUGCCGUGAGAAUUCUCCAGCAAAUUUACUUGGAGAAGUAGUAUCAAAUAAAAAAGUUCUAGUCUUAUAUUUUUUACCCGCCUUCCUAUAUUGCUUGUACAAUAACUUGGCAUUUUUAAACCUGUCUACGUUCGACCCAACAACAUAUUACUUACUCCUUCAGUUAAGAGUUGUGGUUACUGGAAUACUGUUUCAGCUUAUUUUCGGAAAACUACUUAGCAGAAAACAAUGGUUGUCUCUAAUUAUCCUUACAAUUGGCUGUAUGUUAAAACAAAUUCCUAUGGGUCAAGAAGAGACAGCACAUACAACAUCGGACAGCACCGAUACACAAAAGUCUCAAUCCCUUAACUUGAGUAAUGCUGUCUUUAUAAUAGUGCAAAUAUUCUGCUCUUGCUUCGCUGGAGUUUACAACGAGUAUUUACUAAAAAACCAAGGAAGUAACGUUAACAUUUUUGUUCAAAAUAUUUUCAUGUACUUAGAUUCGAUUAUCUGUAAUUUGAUUGUAUUAAUUAUAAACGGUUCUAUUGCUACAGCAUUUCAGUAUGAUAAUGUCAUUAAAAUCAUGCACUAUAAAGUUCUUUUAGUAAUGUUUAACAAUGCUACAGUCGGUAUUGUUACAAGUUUUUUCUUGAAAACGCUUAAUUCCAUUCUAAAAACAUUCGCUAGUGCAAUGGAGUUGGCCCUUACUGCGGUGUUUUCUCUCAUUUUAUUUGCAAUCCCUAUUCAUUUGAAUACUGCUUUAGCAAUAGCAACCGUAUUAUAUGCGAUUUAUUUAUACUCGCAAAAUCCUAUAAACAAUGUGACGAAACAUGAAGAAAAAACUAUUCAAGAGGAAAACGAAGAGCUGCUUCAAAUGGAAGAAGUAUAGCACACAGUUUACACAUGUGGACCAAAGAGGCGAAGGAAUAUAGAUACCAAAAAAUGAAUUAUGAUCAUAAAUAUUUGAAGCCAUAGAAGUUGGGGAAUAACUAAAAAGGUUUUUUGUACUUGUAGAAUAAUGUUGUUUUUGUUAGAGUUUUAAAUAAUUUUUAAAUAUAUUAGCAAAUAUAUAUAUA